AUGUCAACAAGUAUUGCACAAAUCAAUUUGACAUCAAAAUCUGUUUUUGAAACAACUACUAAUAGCAUUUCUCAAACAAAAAAUACAUUUACAACAAUAAAUACGGAUAUACCUCAACUACCAGUAAUUUCAUAUAAUCUACCAAAAUUCUGUCCAAAUGCAACAUGGGAACAAACUAGAAACAUAUUUGCAAAUGAUAGUGUACUUGGUAAUUUUACAUAUGAUUUUUUCAUCGACAGAAAUAAUACCGUUUACAUAGCGGCAUUUGAUAUGAAUCAAAUUGUAAUAUUUCAUGAAGAAAAUGAUACACCAAUGAUACUUAUGAAUGAAGAUUUAACUAAGCCACAUUCAUUAUUUGUUAUGACUAAUAAUGAUAUUUAUGUGACAUAUGACACAGAUUCCUCUAAUAUCUAUCACUGGACAUCAGUUAAUUGGACUAAUGGUGGUACUUAUGGGGCGUAUGAUACAAAUCCCCCUAAUAUCUAUCACUGGACAAAUCAAGGAAUCCCAAUAACUCCAUCGAAAACAUGCGGGGCAUUAUUUAUGGAUAUUAAUUAUAAUAUUUAUUGCUCUUUGUAUUAUACACAUCAGAUUAUGAAGUAUCCAUCUAGUAGUAGUACAAAUAACAGCGGUAUACGUGCUGCAGGAAAUGGGUCAUCUGGAAAUUUAUCAAAUCUUCUUACAAAUCCAAUGGGAAUUUUUGUUGAUACGAAUUUUAAUUUAUAUGUGGCAGACAGCGGUAAUAACAGAAUACAACUUUUCAAGCCCGGAGACACGAAUGGAAUCACCGUCGUAGGAUCUGUAUCAUCAUCCAAUUUUGUACUUCAUAAACCAACGAGUGUAAUUCUUGAUGGAAAUGGCUAUUUAUUUAUCGUAGAUAGUAACAAUAAUCGUAUUAUCAUGUCAGGACUUUUGUAUACUCGAUGUAUUAUUGGAUGUGAAGAUGGUCUGUCAUUUUCUCCAUACUUUAUACGUUUCGACAGUUAUGGAAACAUUUAUGCCAGUGCUUUCAAUAGUAGUCACAUUCAAAAAUUUACAUUAAUAACAGAUUUAUGUGAUUUCGAUCGAUCAACAAUUGCACAUACUGGAACUACGAAUACUCAAAUACAAUAUAAUACAAAUUCAACUGCAAAACCCAAUUCAAUAACAACAUUGACUAAUGCUGUAUCUCAAUACACUACAGAACAAGAUAAAUUAACAACAUUUUCACAAACUUCAUAUAAACAAAUAACAAAUACAACAAUGUCAAAUCUUCAAAGUCUUAUUUUGUCAACAAUAUCACCCAACUCUAGUUUAAUACAAAAUGCAACAACAUCAAUACAUCAUGAUUUUACCGAUUCAACGACAUUAUCUACUCAAACUAUGAAUUACACAAUAAUACAAAAUGAAACAUCUUCAAUGGCAAAUGAUUUUACAACAAUACAAUAUGAUGAAAGUUUAAUAGAAAAUACGAUGACAACAACAGAGACUGAUAUAUCUACAAUGGCAGACGAUAGUACAACAAUAGAAUAUGAUGAAAGUUCAAGAGAAAAUAAUAUGACAACAGCAGAAACUGAUAUAUCUCCAAUGGCAAACGAUAUUACAACAAUACAAUAUGAUGAGAGUUUAAUAGAAAAUACUAUGACAACAGCAGAAGCUGAUAUAUCUCCAAUGGCAGACGAUAUUAUAACAACACAAUAUGAUGAAAGUUUAAUAGAAAAUACUAUGACAACAGCAGAAAUUGAUAAAUCUACAAUGGCAAAUGAUUUUACAACAACACAAUAUGAUAACACUUUGACAGGAAAUACUAUGACAACAACAAAAGCCGAUAAAUCUACAAUUGCAAACCAUAUUACAACAAUACAAUAUAAUAAAACUUCGAUAGAAAAUACUUUGACAACAAGAAAAACUGAUAUAUCUACAAUGGCAAACGAUAUUAUAACAAUACAAUAUGAUAAAACUUCGAUAGAAAAUAUUAUGACAACAACAAAAGCCGAUAAAUCUACAAUUGCAAACGAUAUUACAACAACACAAUAUGGUAAAAUUUCGAUAGAAAAUACUUUGACAACAAGAAAAACUGAUAUAUCUUCAAUGGCCAAUGAUAUUACACUAACACAAUAUGAUAGCACUUUGAUAGAAAAUACUAUGACAACAAGAAAAACUGAUAUAUCUCCAAUGGCAAACCAUAUUACAACAGCACACUAUGAUAAAAGUUUGAUAGCAAAUAAUAUGACAACAGCAGAAACUGCUAUAUCUACAAUGGUAGAUACUAUUCACACAAUAAAACCAAUAUCUUCAAUUUUUCAACCUUUUAUUGCAAAUAUUUGUCAAAAUUCAUCUCGAAUUGGCUUCUUUUGUAAUAUUUCAUCUACUACAUGUGAUUUAUUAAAUCCAUGUCAAAAUAUGGGCACUUGUUCAAAUAAUCAUAGCGUACCACUAGGUUAUACAUGUGCAUGUCAACCAGGUUUUAAUGGCACAAACUGUCAACUUGAUAUUCGACUUUGUAAACCUACAACAUGUUGGAAUAAUGGUAUCUAUUUUCUUUCAUAUCUAUCAUUUACAAAAUUUUCUAUUCUAGGUAAUUGUUCUAUAUCAUUCGGAAACAAUUCUUUAUGUUCGUGUACUUAUGGAUGGGAAGGUCUUUAUUGUCAAAAUAAAGUUAAUUACUGUCAAAAUGUAACAUGUUUAAACAACGGCAUUUGUCAAUCAUUAUUUCUCGGUUAUAAAUGUGAAUGUAUAUCUACAUUUUAUACAGGUUCACAUUGUGAAUUUAUUGAUGAAUCACUUAUAAUCAAACAAUACGUUUCAAAAUCAUUUGCAUCUAUUGCAAUCAUUGCUAUUAGUACUGUCGCUAUAUCUAUCAUUGUACUUGAUAUAAUGACAUAUAUUUUUCAUAUUGAUGUCACUCGACAUUAUCGUGACCAAUGGCUACGAAAACGAGCUCUUGAAAAACAAAAAUCAAAAAUACCGAUGCCACGUCGUAUGGCUUAUCGAUUUAUAUAUAUUCAUCACCCAUCAUUAGCUGAACACUCUGUUUGA